AUGGAUCACUUCACCAUCCUACCCACCGCGCUCGCCACAGAGAGCCACCCGAUCGUCAUCGAUGAAGAGCCACUCGCGGUCUUCGAGCUCGACCACCCCGAACUCGGCGCGGGGGUUCCUGUCAACGAGGAGCACCAUGGCAGCUGCCACACGCAGAAUCAAUACGUCUGGGAACGCCGCUCGAAGCGAGAAUGCGGCUCGCAAGGCUCGCAAAAAGGACAGGAAAACGAUCUGCGGGCGAUGCGGGAAAGAAAAACUCGAGGGAACUCGAUUACGGACGUGCUCUCGAUGCAAAUCUAUCAACUACGCGAGCACUGGCAGGACGGCCAUAAAGAUGAAUGCGCUACUUUUAUCCACCCACCGUUCGCGAAAACAUUCGAUCCUACGGAUCGCGCAGACGCACCGUGGCCACUGCACCCCAUCUUCGCCAGCACGAACGAGAACGGGCUAGGGAUCUGGAUGACGACCGCCGGUGAUCUGACCAGCAUGCUACAGCAAGCGUCGAUCCCACCGGAUGUUCGUGCUGCGGAUGUGCCUCCUGAGGGCUCACCUUCCUUCCGACGCUGGGCUGGUCUGGAGGGACCGAAUCGACGCAACUUUGGAGAGGAAAUGAACAAAUACGUAGGACCGACGGUGGCUACCCUUCGCGUCCUUGUGCAGAAUCGCCGCACUGACGGAAGGGUCAUCGCCGUCGUAGGGGGAGAGACCGUGCUAUCUGUGUCCAGUAUCAUGAAGGAUAAUCUUCUGCCGGAGGAACAAUCCAGGGUACGGUUCCAGCCGCUCGAGGGGAGGAUGGACCUUAUGCUGGUGCCUCCCUGGAUCGACUACGACAAGCGCCUUCGCGUCGCGAUCGCCGAGAUCAAUGGCGCGAUCCUGCCAAAGGGCAAGUUCGGCAGCGAUGGCGAGUACCAAGCCCCUUCAUUACCUAUGACUCAUUCCUGGCAGUGGGCAUCAGGAGAUCCUUCGGGUUUGAUCUCCUUGGUUCCCCGCUCGCCUAGCUCGCGCCCCUACGCCUGGCUCUUAGUUAACCUCUGGGAGUUCUCUAAUCCAGAAACGCUCGUCGUUGGCUACGGCCUUCCGCUCCCAUCGGCCCGUCGUGGGCUCACCUCCCCGCGCCUUGCUGGCCACUCGUCCUGGUCGCAUCCCCCUUCCCUGACCGAUGCCGCCACCCAUCGUGUCAUCCCUUCUCCCACUGGCUUGGAGCUCAUGCUCGCCGUGGUGGUGUGGCUGUCCGGGGACCAUGGCUGCCUAGACGUUAGCCUCGUCUCCGCUACCGUCUCCACUCGGCCACUCCCGGCUGGUCCCCUUACAGCCCCCGUCCGUCCCACAGGCUCGCCCUGGGAUCGUGUCGUCAGCUGGGAGCGCGCACAAAUCGUCCUCGCACCAGGAGACUUCGCCGUAUACCUUGUGCAGUACCGCAUCGGCGACGGUCAUCUGUACAACUCAUACCCCGAGAUCAUGACGCGCGCGACCGGCGUCUGCGUCCCGUGCUACCUCACCCGCGCCAAGGGCACCGACAGCGGCUGGUGCGCCUCCGCCGCGGGCGAGCUUCGCAUCGCGCGGAAUCUGCUGAUGCUGCCGAACGACCUCUUCACGCCAAUCGCCACCAUGGACUUCGCAUACGUUGAGGAGUACUACAAGCCGUUCUUCGACGAGGGGCCCGACGUCUUUGCGGUGAAGCGGUUUGGGAAGCGUGCGGAGCAGAUGAAUAGCCUCAUGUCGACGCUGGGGCCUUUGCAGAUGCAGGCUAUGAUGAGCGUUCUGCCUCCGGAUCAGCGCGAGGAGGUCAAGCGCCGCUCUAAGGCGAUGGGCUUUGAUAUGGAUAGGAUGAUGCGCGGUUAA